AACUCACGUCCGCAUCAUGACAGAACGAACUGGCCAAACCUCUGACCCAGCUGACCCGGAAGGGCUCCGCCAUGCAGUUACCCAACAAGGUAUUUUUCUGGGACUUCAGUCUAACUUACUCACUCGUAUUACGUCUGUACAAGAGGAUCUGGUUUCUCGCAUCAACGGUAUCACUCGGACUCUUAAUGAAUUUUCUGGUCAAACUUCAAGGCCCACAGUCUCUGCUCCGCCUCCUAUUUCCGGCAACAACGCUACAUCCGCUUCCACCCUCAUCCCGGAAAAUGUUCGACUACAGCCGGAACCUUUUUUCGGGGAUGUUUCUGCCUGCGGAGGGUUCCUUCUGCAAUGUGAACUGAUUUUCCAACAAGCCCCCAGGUAUUAUCAAGCCGAUCACACUCGUAUCUCACUAAUCGUGAACUCUCUCCGUAGUAAGGCGCUGCAAUGGGCUCAAGCUUUCCUGGCCUCCCAUCCUAUCUCGCAUCUCCCUUUCGAACGCUUCCUGGGAGAGUUCCGCCUCGUCUUCGACCGGCCUCGAAAGCAGGAGGAAGCCACCCGACGGUUGCUAGGUCUCAGGCAGGGUAACCGUCCGGAAUUGGAUCUGGCGGUUCCCUCUAUCCAGCUCCAUCUGCAGCGCUGUCAGGAGAUCUGGCUGCAGACCAAGGCCGCUCUCGUCCGCACCGCUGAGAAUAACCGCCAGAUUGCCAACCGUCACAGGGGGGUGAGUCCCGAAUACCAACCAGGUCAAAGGGUGUGGCUGUCCUCCCGUAAUGUCCCUCUCCAGGGGUCCUCUCGCAAGCUGUCGCCCAAGUUCAUUGGGCCUUAUACGAUCGACCGGGUCAUUAAUCCGACCUGUGUUCGACUUCGUCUGCCGGCGGCUCUGCAGAUACACCCCACAUUCCAUGUGUCACAGAUCAAGCCUGUUUCCGAGAGCCCUUUGUGCCCGCCGGCCGCUUCCCCGCCACCCGCCCGUACCAUCGAUGGGGCCCCCGCCUUCACUGUCUCCAAGAUCUUGGACGUUCGGCGUCGGGGUCGCGGGGUCCAGUUCUUGGUGGAUUGGGAGGGGUAUGGUCCAGAGGAACGUUCAUGGAUCUCGCGUUCGCUCGUCCUGGACCGUACCCUCAUCGACGACUUCUAUGCUGCCCAUCCUGAUCGUCGCCCUGGACCGCCUGGUGGCGGUCGUUGAGGGGGGGGUACUGUCAUGGCCUGGCAGCUACUCCCUCCUCCCCCCUCCUUCCUGUGUUGGACGCGACCAGC